CAGAAGUGUGAAAGAAGUUAUUUGGUUUUCAAGAAGGAAGCAUUCUAGGCCCAAUAAGAGAGUGUUGGGCUUAGUUGAAUUGGAAGUGGAAACCCUGUUUGAAGAUCCGAUUGAAUUCUUUUCCCAACCAUCUUUCUUUGAUAUUUAUGAAGAAACAAAAAGCUUUGUGUUUGUCUUCUUCUUCGUUGCAUAACACCUCUGAUCAUGGUCGCUUGGAAGGAGCUGAUAGCUACUCGGUAGGGACAAUUUUAUGUUGCGAUCCUACGUCGGACUCUGAUGUUCGACACUGCAAUUUUAGAUUUUGGGAGAACUUGGAUUCAAAUAUUGGAGACAAAGUGUGGAAUGGGAUCUCUAAUCUUGGAGUAGUUGCAAUGGACAAAAAGAAGGAUUAUUCAAAGAAAAUUUCAGACAUCGAGGCAAAGGAUAAGGUCCUCCUUGGAAGCUUUUUUCAUUUUGAGCAGGUUCUUUAAAAGAAUUUCGUAUAGAAUCAUUUGGUUUGCGGUUGUUUGGUGUUUCUGGAAGUCUAGAAAUGAUAUCAUUUUUAACGAAGCGGUUCAUAAUUUGAAUAAUAUCGUGUGGUCUAUUAAACUGGUAGUUUGGAGAAGGUUAGUUGUGGGAGAUAUUUCUUAUUCCAACUUUAAUUUUAUAGAUAUUU